CGCAGGAUAGGGCUGUCUGCCUAUCCCGUUCAGAACACUUGUCUGUCACUUCUUUCUCUGGAGCCUUGUAAUUUUGGAAAGUAUACAGUCGGAUGCGGUACAACACACUGCUGAUUCUGAUAUUUCACUGAGAAGCAAGUGUCCGUCAACUUUGCUACAGAACAAGUAUGUCGGCACCCGCCUCUGGCCGGAAGACUCCGGUGGAUUACGGCCUGCAGAUCCGCUUCAUAAAGGACCUGCAUGACUCGGGAGGGGGUACAGGCUCGGGCCCCGGCCCCCGGCCAGGCUCGGCAGGCCCAGGUACUGGGGGUCCUGUGGCCCAGCGGGACGGUGCCUCAUCCAGGAGCUCCUCUGCAGGUGGUGGUGGUGGCGGGGGCAAGGGCUCUUCUCGUUACGGGGUGGCGGUGCACGUGCAGGGCAUCGCAGGACAGCCCUACGUGGUACUGAAGCAAGGGGACAAGGGGGACUCCUACGGGGUGCAGCUCCGGACACACAGCUAUAACAGUCUGCCCAGGCAGAGAGACGACGCUAGGCCCGCCUCCUACGCCGCGGUACCGGACAGCGCGUACCUGCGUAGGGCGCAGUCCCAUGGCUCCCUGCUGGAGCGUGACCCGGACGCCGCCGAGCAGUACCACCCCAUGGACCACCACAUGGGCCGUCCGCCCGGCGACGGACGCUCAGGCAGCUACGGCACUCUGGACGGAGGGGGCAUAGGGGUCGGACCUGAUAGGGGACGGAGAGAAGGUGGAGGUGGAGGACUGCAGAGGAACAGGUGGGGGGGCUCGCACGACGUGGGGCUCAAUGGCUCUCAAGGGACGGGGAGCGAGUAUGGCUCCUCCGAGUCGUUUGCUGACAGCCCCCCUCGGGCCACAGCCAACCCCCCCAACCCCCCCAUGGGCCAUCCCCCACCUUACGGCUACCAGCCUAGACCUCCCCCUGCACCCACCAGCACCACCCAGCAGCAGCAGCACAACCCCACCCCCGUCAACCGACUGAUCAACCAAUUCAGCGGGACCCGCAGUACCGGAGGUCCACCCAGGGGGCGCUCUCCUGGUGUGGAUGCCACGCGCCCUGCCUCCGUGGCCGCGCCACCUUCCUCUGCUCUGACCAACCCCUACAACUCGCCGCCCUCGUCCAAUCACAGCAGCCUUGGGCGGGGCUCGGACUCUGUCGGCAAGGUGGCGCCUGUGCCCAACUCCUCUUCUUCCUCCUCAGUCUCCCUGUCCAAUAAUGAGUGGCAGCGGUACGACGCCGUGGAGGUGGUAUCCAUCAGCCCCGUCGAGGCACAGGCCACUCCUGAUCUCCUGCUGGACCAGGGUCAAAGUUCGGGCUCGGAGUUCUCCGGCGAGGACGAUCAACUGCAGCAGAUGAUCUACAGUGUUUUACGACCAGGGAGCGGGGAGAGUGAUGCUGCCAUCAAACAGAAGGUCCGAGUGCUCUGCAACAAGAUCCAAGCUCUCAAGGGUUCCCCGGGGACGAGGGCUGACCCCGCCCUGAAGGUGGAGCUGGAGGAGAGUCGGGAUGAGUGCCUGAACCUGCAGGAGCAGCUAGAUCGCAAGAAGACCGAACUGCACCAGACACACACCGAGCUGACUCAGCUGCGUAUGGAGCGGGAGAGUGCGGAGGCUCGAGUCCGAGACCAGGAGGAUCAGCUGGCGGGCCUGCAGGAGGAGCUGAGGAGAGAAGCAGAGAACAGGACACACACCGACACCCUGCAGACGGAGCUGAUGAGUUUGCGUGCGGAGCUGGUGGAGGCGCGUGCAGGCCGCAUGAAGCAGGACGAGACGCUGCGGCAGCGUGAGCGCGAGCUGACCGCCCUGAAGGGGGCGCUGAAGGACGAGGUGGCCACGCACGACCGUGAGAUAGAGGCCCUCCGAGAACAGUACAGCACAGACAUGGAGAGAUUCAGACUCAACAUGGAGCAGGUCUCACAGUCCCAGGUGGGUAUUGAGGCGGAGCGUCAGCGCAUCAACAGCACGGUGCGCUCCCUGCAGGAGCAGCUGGAGGAGAGCAGGGAGGAGGGAGAGCACUGGAGGGGCCAGUUCCAGAACGGGCGAGAGGAGCUCAGAUCCACUAAGCAGGAGCUGCUUCAGGCUCGUCUGGAGAAGGAUGAGUUUGAGGAGGAGCUGAAGGAGCUGCAGGAGAGAGUGGAGCUCAUGAAGAAACAGAUGCCCGACCCCACACACACAGACGCCCUCAAGAAGGAGCUGGAGCGGGCCAGUAAGGGGCUGGCGGAGGCGCAGGCGGAGGCUGAGAAGGUGAAGGGGGAGCGGGACAGGAAGCUGAUGGAGGUGGUGUCCCUGAGGAAGAGCCAGCAGGAGGCGGAGGCCGAGCUCCACUACGAGCUGGAGAGGCUCCGCGAGCAGACGCGCCGCGACAAGGACGAGCUCGCCAGGGUGCACGACAAAGUCAAACAGCUAGCCGAGCCCUCAUUGGUGGAGGCCUUGCGUGGGGAGGUGCAAGAGGCGCAGUCGGAGGCAGAGCAGCUGCGGACCUGUGUAGCCCAGCAGGAGGAGCAGCUGCAGACGCACAAGGAGCGCGUGCAGCAGGCGCAGACGCAACUGAGCAUGCUCAGAGAGCAGAAGGAGGAGCAGGAGGACACGCACACGCGCCUGAAAGAGAAACUCACUCGCCUGGAGGCCCAGCUGCAGGAGCGCGAGUGCCAGAGCUCUGAGGCUGAGCAAGAGCUCCAGGCAGAGGUGGAGAGGCUGAAGGCGCAGCUGGACGAGGCCAGGCGCGGCAGCUCCAAGCUGGGUAGGGAGCGGGAGGAGAUGGCCUCCCGUCUGGAGGAGCGCGAGAGGGACCGGGAGGCACUGCGCAAGGACAUGGGCCAGCUGGAGGACCAGAAGAAACAGGCGGAGAGGGCGCUGGACAGGAUCACUAAGGAGCUAGAGCAGGUGUCUGCGGAGGGUCGCCAUGCGGUUGAGGCUCUGCAGUCUCAGCUGGAGGAGCAGAGGGAGCGCGGCCGGCGGGAGCAGCAGGAGCACCAGAGGCUGGGCCGCGAGCGCCUGGUAGAGCUGGAGAAGAGCCAGCACGCCCUGCACGCUGCCCAGGAGGAGCUGGCCAGGCAGAAGAAGGACUACUUCUCGUGUGUUGAGGAGAAGGACAACGCGUUGCUGGACAAGGAGCUGCUGACCAACCGCCUCCGCCACCUGGAGGGGGAGCUAGAGAGCCAGAGGGGCACGCAUAGCGACAAGGCCCGCGAACUCAGGAGCUUAGAGGAUAAGCUGAAGCAUUAUGAGAUGGAGUUGGAGGAGGAGAAGAGCACCGUGGAGCUCAUGACUGACCGCGUGACCCGGAGCAGAGAUCAGAUUGAGCAGCUGCGUUCUGAGCUGCAUCAGGAGAGGUCCACCAAGCAAGACCUGGAGUUGGACAAGAAUGCCAUGGAGAGACAGAUGAAGGAGUUGAAGAGUCGUCUUCAGGAGAUGGAGGGCCACUCUCGCUCCUCUUCUGGCGUCUCCCAGCUGGAGACCAAAGUCAUUGAGCUGGAGGAGAGGCUGCAUAGCGAAGAGAGGGAGAAGAAUGCUGCCAUCUCCUCUCAGCGUCGUCUGGAGAGGAAGCUGAAGGAUCUGAACAUCACCCUGGACGAGGAGAGACAGCAGUUCUCAGAUCAGAGAGAUCAGCUGUCACUGCGUGUGAAGGCCCUGAAGCGUCAGGUGGACGAGGGGGAGAGUGAGGUGGAGCGGCUAGAGGGUUUGAGGAGGAAGGCACUCAGAGAGGUGGAGGAGCAGCAGGAGACCAAGGACGCCAUGCAGUCACGCAUCAACGCACUGGAGAACGAACUCAAGAGGAAGACUCAGCAGGCCAUGCGUCCCGUGCUGGACUCCUCAGCUCUGAGCUCGGAGGACGAGUACGACGACGACAGCCUGUACGACCCGUCCAGCAUAACCUCCAUCCUCACCGAGGGCAACCUGCAGACCAGCUCCUGCUGAG